AUGGAAAAUCAAAUUUUCAUCACGUGCUUUGUCGAUCCGCACAAGUUUUGGUACAAACCGUUCCAUCCGGGAAGCCAGAAAAAGCAGUCCAAAAAGCUGGAGGAUGCAAUCGACGAGUACUGUGAGCAGCACCACGCCAGUGAGAAGAAGAAACACUACGAGCUGAACGAGCUCGUCGGAUAUUACAUUCCAUCGCUCACACGCUGGACCCGUUGCAUCGUGAAAGGCAUUCGUGAGGACCAUACUGGACAUGCCACAUACCAUCUGUGGAUGAUCGACGAAGGCAAACCGGAAGCUGCUAGUGACACGCAACGCAUGACGCCAUUGCCGGAAAAGUUUCAGGACACCUCCAACACGCUCGUCCAGCGUGGUUUGAUACGAAACGUUUUACCUGCAUCCUGUGUGUACGAUCCGAUAGGGGACCAGAUACGCAAAGCGGAAUGCUUACGGUGGAAUGAAAGUGCCAACAAAAUGAUUGGCUCGCUGAAAGAUGGCAUCGAUAAAGUGUGCUUUACGAAUGUGACUUCGUACAAGAUUGGUAAAAAUACGAUCGAUUUCGGUGAUUUGCUGUUUCACUCGAAAAGCAAGACGUUUAACGUGGCGAACGUGCUGUCCGACCAAUACAUGGGCAUCACUGUGGAUUCGGAGUAUUUUUUGGCCUAUAUGUUUGAAAACCAAACGGUCGGUUCGAGCCGUGCUUCGUCGAUCGUUAACGGAUCACUGGACGAUUCGGUAGCGUACGAUGUGAACGUAAAGCUGCGCAAACUUUCGAUUAUCUCCGAUGGGUUGAAUGAGUUCAGCUUUGACGAGUCGGCCAGUAUGGUGGGUGGUGAGCGUAAGCAACCCUUCCCACCAGCCCCACCAGCCCCACCAGCUUCCGCUGCAAAUGGAAGUAUUGUAUCUGCUGCUGGUUCACAAAAAGGUGACGGAUCGAGCUUGUCCAGCGAAACGAGGAAAAAAGGGUUAUCACACUUGAAUAAAAAAAUCCGUUACCAAAUGGCACAAAAGAUGAAAAAUGCUUCGGCACAGAGUGGUAACACAAAAUCAUCGUCAUCGGCAUCGACAAAAUCGAACAGCCUGGUAGCAACUGAAUCUCCAAAGGCGGCUGCUGAAGAACUGUCCACGCAACUGGUAAAGGACAAUUCUUUAGAUCAGAUCCGGCUGAGUCCAAAUUCGCUUACAAUUGACGUUGCCCAAUCGAUAGAGGCGGAAUAUGAGCUUAUGUUGACGAACAAAAAUGUACCGAAAGAGCAAGUUCCGUCCCCGGAACCGACAACAACCAAGAGUGGUAGUGAAUCGGCUCAAAAAUUUCUACAAAAAAUUGCCAAAGCAAAAGCAAGGCUAUCCCAACCGAAACCAACCAUUCCUGCCACCGAAGAGCAACCGAAAAUCUCUCCAGCAAUGGUGCCGGCUACCAUCCCGUUCGCUAACCUGCUACCGUCCGAGAAAUUGCCCACGGUUGAGAGUAAUGCCGCGUUGAAACGAUUUGAAAAAGUAAUACAGAACGAGAAAUGUCUUUUCUCCCGCCGGAGUCAUCAUCGGGUGCUGGUGCACGGUACCAAACUCCCGCAUCCAAUCGAUCGUAUCGAGGCGGCCAAUUUUAGCCCCCGUGUGCACCAAAAUCUGGAACAGUUGGGCAUUACGAAGCUGCUUCGUCUGCAAGCGUACGCAUGGCCACACAUACUGCGUGAUAAUUCAUUCAUCUGCGUGAAUGGGGCAAAUACAGGCAAAACGUUCGCCUAUCUACCGGCCGUAUGUUCCAUCGUGCAGCGACAAAUAGAAGAGUCACUCGUACCAUCCGAUGCCGGUCCGGUCGCCAUCAUCGUAUGCUACUCGUCGCGCGAAGUGCAACGGAUAGCCUACUACUGCCGGAAGUUGCUCAACUCAGCCGCCCAUGCCGAUCUAGCCGUGCUGGAAUGUUACGGCAUACGGACGGUGACGAAAAUUUGCAAUCUUCUCUUCAAUGGGUGUGCCAUCCUGGUCACGACGGCACCCGCAUACCGGCGGCUUUACGAAAGUGCACCGGAAGCAUUCGUCCGGAAACGCAUCCAAACGGUGGUGAUCGAUAAUAUCGAAGAAAUGUGGGCCAACUUUGCGGCGGAAUUGCGGCUUGUGUGUAAAAACUGCGACAAGGAAGGGUUGCAGAUGAUCGUCACGGCUAGCUGUUGGAUAUCGGUGCUUGGAUUGUUUCUGCAGCGCUAUCACAACAUGAUCAUCUGCAUCGGAGCAUUCCUGGAGGCGGCCGUGUACACGAAGGCCGACUUUAGGUUCCGUCUGUUUGCCGGCGAGCAACAGAAGGAGCUCGAACUGCUACGGCAGCUGCGACAGCACGACUAUCGGAAUGAGCGUACGAUCGUGUUUGGGAAGGAUAGUGGUGAUCUCGUUCCGAUCGUGAACACGCUGAAGCAUGCUUCGAUCAACCACAUUGUGUGUAAUGAGCGGACGGUGUUGCAGCAGCAUGCCGGAUUCCGGAACUGGGAUGAACAGCUGCCGGGCGACAUGGUGGUGUUUGUGUGCAGUGAUGAAUUGUUGGGAGAUUUGAAGAUCACGAAAGCACAGCAUAUUGUGCACUAUUCCCUGCCACCUACGUGGUCUACGUUUACGCGGCGGUAUGCCUGUUCGUUCGAGUACUAUGAGUCACCGUACCUGGCGUCCGAGGGCAAGCAACCGAAGGGGAAACCGUCCUCGUUGGUGCUGUUGAACGAGAAUAACAAUCAGGAGUUACCGCGGUUGGUUGAUUUUCUCGAGCAGCAUCUGCCGAAGGUACCGGAGAAGCUGAUUAAAUACGCUAAGCAAAUUCGAAGCAUUCAUGAGAGUGCAAAAAUCGCCGAUGGACGCGCCGUAUCCAUGAUUUGUACGCACGUGCUAGGUCUUGCCGUUUGUCAUAACAUUCGCAACUGUGUCUUCCGGCAUACGCUGACACCGGACGAUGUGGCACCAGACGCGCUGCCAAGAAAUGGCAUUAUAAGGUUAAAAAUCUGUCACGUGUUCUCCCCGGCACAUUAUGCCGUCUGGCUGGAAGCGCAUCAACCUGUAGGGUCGAGCGAUUGGACGAUGCUAACGGACAGCAGACAAUAUUUGGUACAGGACAUUGCAAUGCAGGCAUACUACGCCAACGAGGACCGCCAUCAGAUGCAUGGAACGCCGCGCCGGAAUGAACUGUGUGCCGUUUACCACGAGCAGUACUAUUGGCGCUGUCGCAUCAUUAACUAUGAUGAAUCAAAUGUGGAUAGUUGCGAUGUACAGCUGCAGCUAAUCGAUACCGGCCGGAUGGUGCACGUAAAAUCUUUCGCCCUGCUCCAUCUUCCCGACCAGUUCCGCAAGCUUCCCGGGCAAGCAAUUAACGUACGCAUUGCAGCACUCGUGCCGCACGAUUACGAGCAGGAUUGGGACAAAACGGUCACCCUGACCGUGCGUCAAUGGAUCGAAGAGCACGAAAAUCGGGCCAACUGUUACGUGAAGAGUAAUGUGCUGCUAGCACUGAAGGAUACCCUAUGGGUCGAUGAUCUGCAUCUGUCCGAACAGCUGGACUAUGUAAAAACGACCGUUACGACGAAGCGAGUUGGUGCCACGAUCAUUUCCAAACAGUAUGGCAUCGGGGAUAGGAAAACGUUCGAACAGAUACGUACGAUUGUGGACGAUUGUGAAAAGUUGGCCAUGCAAAUGGUACAGCUACAGGCGGAAACGGUGAACGAGGGUAAGCUGGAUGAUGUGGAAGAGGACCAGAUAUCUAGCGAUCAGGAGAGGACAUUUUUUCUGAACGAAACAAACGUCAGCAGCAAGGAGAAUGAUCGUGAGGAGUCAAUUCUGGAUGAAAAUUCAAAAAACGGUUCAACUUUGGAGAGAAAAGUUCCAACAAUUGAAGAAGAGAAUUUCAAAACUGUAUCAAAGCUAGAUGACAAACUGGUCGAACGUGAACCGGAUGUCGUUAGCAAGAGCAGCUGCUUGGUUCCAGCUGAGUUAAACACUACCACUUCCUCGUCUAGCUCGUUUGAAGAGCUCUCGUUGCAGCACGACUGCGAACAGUACCGGUUUGAUACGUUUCUGGUGCACAAAGCGUACAACGUAAUGAUUGGCCACUAUCUCGCACCGGACAACUUCUACGUAUAUCGUUGUGAUCGAAUAUCGGAAGUUGAUUCGGCGAUUAAAGAGUUCAUCCAGGACGAAAGUAAACUAAAACCGCUCGAAAAUCCACAGCUCCAUCAGCACUGUCUCGUUUUUUACGAGAACAAUUACCACCGUGCACGUGUGGUGAAGCUGCCGCAGGAUGAUAGCAGUAACGAGCUGGAAGUGUUCCUGCUUGACUUUGGUGGAACGUUUAAAUCUAACCGACUUUACAAGAUUUCCAACCGUCUUCUGCGUGAGCUUCCAUUUUUGGCCAUCAGGGGAUCGUUUGCGCACAUUCAUCCCCCGAACGGUGACACCAAAUGGUCCGACGAGGUUUCGGAUGCUAUUUAUGAUAAAUGGCUUGAGCAACACAACCACGGCACAAUGUUUGCCUCGGUGACGCGCGUCAUUCCCUGGGGUGCUGGUCCGGACCGUAUUGAAGGAUGCAACUGGUACGAGAUGGUACUAGCCGAUGGUAAUGCGUCCGAUGAGUUUUCCAUCAUUUCCGACAUUGUGUACGAUAAUCUGGCCCUGCUACAAAAAACCGAGUGUGAUUAUGAUGAUGAGGGAACCAGUACGGUAGCGGACACGGAGGACGAUGACUAUAUGCAGGUAAACUUCACCCACGAAGAGCUGAUGAACAUGAUGAAAGAGAUAACGGCGUCAAGAACCGAGGACAAUCAAGUAAAGGCAAUCCGAGAGCCGGCUCGUAUUGUUGAAGUAUCCGGUGAAGAAAUUGAUAAGGAAUUGGCUUCCGUUGUUGUACCAAAACCAAGCGAAAAGCAGCAGGAAAAUUCCGUUGUGGAAAAGGAACCAAAACAGCAUCCAAAAAAGGACCGGAAGUUACAUCUAGUGCCACUCAUUUGCGAUUACCGGUAUCCGCAGACGGUUUGGGAUCAGGAUAAAUACUUUGUCGUGCUGCGCGUUAGUGCACCGGAUGUAGAACGGUACGAUCUGGUGGUGAAGCAUACCUCGCUGUUGCUUCAGUUCGUAAAAGCGGACACUGACGAACGGUACAUUGUGCCGCUGAAUCUGUUCAGUGCCAUAGAUCCACGCCAUACGGUGCACGAAAUACGAGGACUUUCGAUUGUGGUACGAUUACGGAAGCUUGUACCGUGUAUGAGGUGGCCGAAGCUUCACAACCACCAUGGACGCAAGCUGCCCUGGAUAAAGGUAGCUGCUAAUAGUAACGGGCACGAUAGUGAUGCCAGUAUGGACGAAACGACAAAGAAGAAUCGCUGGAACAGUUUGGUACAGGCGCAUCUGGAUAGUUCGGUGGAGAGUUCCCAGUCCGGGAAUGAGCGGGAUGUUGAUUCGGAUCUGGAAGACGAGGAAGCGGUAUUUCUUGACAUGAGCUAA